GGGCAGGGUAGAACAUGACAGCGCAAACAUCUUCCUAGCCCACCGCUGCAGCAGAACUGUCAAUCUAGCAAAAAAGUCUCACCCCUCUCAACUAGGACUUUACACUUUAAGUUAAUAUGUAUUUAUAACUAGAACACACAAGUAAAGGCUGUGCAUUGACUGUUCAUUGUCCUGCAGAGAGUUGGUAUAAUGAACUAGUUAAUAGAAGUGGGAAGGAAGUUUGUUUAUAAAUGGGGAGGAGAGUGCAUCAUCGUUAUUCCUGAUUCCUCCUUCUUGUUUUAUGAAGCGUCCUACAAAGGAGGAAAUGGAAGUGUGCCCGAGAUAUAUAAACACGGUGGUCUAUAGACAAGGGUCUAUGUAACAGCACAGGAUCAGCCAAUAGACCGCACUAGUUGUGAAAUAAACCUGACGAUAAAUACAGAUUGGACGAUAAAGGCAAAGCAAAUGCAGGGAAAUAUAUCAUUGUCAUCACUUUACAAACAAGGAUCGCUCAGAGGGAUAUUGAAGAAGGAAACCCCUCACAUUUUGCAUCUGUUUCUGUGCACUCUGGAGCAGAAUACAUCAGAUUAACUCUGAUUUGGAAUACAGUCUGGAUUAUUAAAAGGAGAUUUGGGGAUAAUUGAGGAAUAAUAGAGCUGUAAUGUGCUGUACAAAAAUAAAACGUGUUUACAUAGCAGACUUUAAUGCAAAUGUGGCACCUUAAAAUAAGUCAUUGCCCCAAUGGAUAGGUUGAGGAUUGGAUUAUGAAAUGGUCCUAAAAUAGUCUUGGUAAUUUAUCAUGAUGCAUAGUUUGUUACACAUGCUGCACAGACUGGACACAACAUUAUAAAAACAAAUCUACAGCUCUGUAGUGAUUUUAUUACACAGUAUACUGAUUCAGUUCCAGGCAACUGUAACUGUUGAAAACCUGGAACCUGGAGUAAUAGUUUUCUAGGAAGACGAGUAGCUUUUUACCACUCAUAAUACAUUUAUAGGAUGAGAUUUAGUUUUACAGCCUCUGUCUGAGACACAACAAUCUGGGAGCUACAGCAAUUUACUGAAACAAAUCUUAGUUGUGUAACUGGAUUUACAAUGUAUACAAUUUAUCUAGUUGAAAAUUAAAUAUUAAAACCAAUGACUAUUUAUAGCACCAAAUUAAGGUAAACUACAUUCCAAGACCUGGAUUAGCAGCACCCAAUGAGACAAAUUAUAAUCCCGGAACUGAACUGAAUUUACAGCAUUGAACUGAAAGAGGAAUCCAAUUGUAAUACUAAUAGCUGGGCAUGCAGUUAUUAUUACCCAGUUGAUAUAUUUUAUUUUUUUUGCUCACAUUAGUUUUACUUUAGCUCUCUUUUCUUCUGACAUCAUGGAUGCCUCUGUCCUCGAAGUGGAUGCAUUAAAAUUUGCCAAACUGGCAGUGGUGAAUGACCAAGCUGGGAAGUACAGAGAUGCUGUGUUCUUUUAUAAGGAAGCAGCACAAGCUUUGAUUUACGCUGGUAUGGCUGGUUCAACACUUGAAAACAUACAAGACAAAGUAAACGAGUACUUGGAGAGAGUAGAAGCAUUGUAUAAUGCAGUCCAAGCACAUAACGUGGACCCACUGAAGUCAAAGCAGCAGUUGGACUUAGAACGAGCCCAUUUUCUGGUUACUCAGGCAUUUGAUGAAGAUGAUAAAGGCAACGCAGAAGAGGCAAUAGAACUUUACACAGAAGCAGUAGAGCUGUGUCUCACAACGUCUAAUGAAACUACAGAUCAGACCCUACAAACAAAACUCAAACAGCUGGCUAGACAAGCGUUAGACAGAGCAGAAUCACUGAAAGAGUCAACAUCCAAAAUUGCAGCUAAAGAGAAGACAACUGCAGCUAAAUCAAACCAGCCUGCAAGGACCUACUUUCCUCUGGGUCCUGAUUUUAGCUUAAAUGAUAAGUCACAACCUGUCAGGCCUGCACAAAGAAAUGAGGCCCCUCAUCAGAGGUAUACAGCAGAAGAAAUAGAAGUACUCAGGAAAACAUCCAAAAUAAAUGGUAUUGAGUACGUGCCUUUCAUGAGCGUUGACCUACGGGAGCGUUUUGCCUUCCCAAUGCCAUUCUCGGAUAAACGUGGAAAACUGGCGCUAUCUCCCAAACAGAAAGCCAUAUUCUCGCGAUGGGUGAGACCAGAUGAGAUAUCAAACAACCCCACUAUGAUCUACACAGUGUCCAGCUUCAGCAUAAAGCAGACAAUUGUGUCAGAUUGUUCCUUUGUGGCCUCACUUGCGAUUAGUGCCGCUUAUGAGAGACGCUACAACAAAAAACUAAUUACAAGCAUCAUUUACCCACAAAAUAAAAGAGGAGAACCAGAAUAUAAUCCUUGUGGGAAAUACAUGGUCAAACUGCACAUUAAUGGCGUCCCUAGAAAGGUCAUAAUAGAUGACUUUUUGCCUGUGGACCACAGUGGAGAGCUCCUCUGCUCGUACUCCAAUAACAAAAAUGAAUUGUGGGUGUCCCUUAUAGAAAAAGCCUACAUGAAAGUAAUGGGAGGAUAUGAUUUUCCAGGAUCCAAUUCAAAUAUUGAUUUGCACGCACUAACAGGGUGGAUCCCAGAGAGAAUCGCUAUGCACUCUGACAAUCAAACCUUUGACAAGCAAAGCACUUUCAGAAUGUUAUACCAAAGAUUCCAUAAAGGUGAUGUACUCAUUACUACAGCUACAGGGGUGAUGUCUGAGGAGGAAGGAGAGAAGUGGGGCCUAGUUCCCACACAUGCCUAUGCCGUCUUAGACAUAAGAGAAUAUAAGGGCUUGAGAUUUCUUCAGCUUAAAAAUCCCUGGAGUCAUUUACGAUGGAAAGGGCGAUUCAACGAAAAAGAUGAGAGAAGUUGGACACCAGAACUGCAGAAAUAUCUCAACUUUGACCUUAGAACUGCUCAGAAAAUUGACAAUGGUAUUUUCUGGAUCACAUGGGAAGAUCUGUGUCAAUAUUAUGAUGUCAUCUAUUUAAGUUGGAGCCCAGCUCUUUUCAAAGACUCAACAUGCAUUCACAGCACUUGGGAUGCAAAGCAAGGUCCAAUGAAAGAUGCCUACAGCCUCGCAAACAAUCCUCAGUACAAACUAGAAGUACAUUGCCCUAAAGGAGGGGCUGCAGUAUGGAUCCUGCUGAGCAGGCACAUCACUGACAAGGAUGACUUUGCACGGAACACAGAGUUUAUUACAUUGGUAGUUUACAAGUCAGAUGGCAAAAAAAUUUACUACCCAGCUGACCCUGCACCUUACAUUGAUGGAAUCCGUAUUAAUAGCCCCCAUUACUUAACUAAAAUGACACUGAACACGCCUGGAACCAACACAUUUACUUUGGUUGUAUCUCAGUAUGAGAAGCAAAAUACUAUUCACUAUACUUUGAGGGUGUAUGCUGCUUGCAAGUUUACAUUUUCCAAAAUUCCAACCCCAUACACCAUUAACAAGAGGAUUAAUGGACAAUGGAAAGGCCAAAGUGCUGGAGGCUGUGGAAAUUUUAAAGAUACUCACAAAAAUAAUCCAAUAUAUCAAUUUCACAUGGAGAAAUCUGGACCAUUGCUGAUAGAGCUGAGAGGACCAAGGCAGUACAGUGUUGGAUUUGAAGUUAUUACUGUAUCUGCAGUAGGUGAUCCUGGGCCGUCAGCUUUCCAGAAAAAAGGCAGUGGUGAUUACAGGUGUGGGUUCUGCUAUUUGGAGAUUGAGAAUAUACCUUCAGGUACUUACAACAUUAUACCCACCACAUUCUUGCCAGCUCAGGAGGGUCCUUUCUUUUUGGACUUCAACAGUGCAAUCCAUAUUAAGGUAUCACAGCUACAGUGAUCAGCACGCUAAAAAAAAAGUGGGGUUGUCUCAGCUGGGAGUUUCCAUAGCGCAUGCAUGGUGUGGAAUCUGAAGCCAAGAAGAGCUUGUUAUGCAUAAACCAACUGCUGCCAUUAUUCUCAUCAGAUAUCUUUUUCUAUGAAAGGAUGAAAAGGACACGUGCUGCAGAUUAUACUAUAAUAUAUGUACUUGAAUAUUUUAUUGACAAAUAGUACUAUAAAGAAUAUUUUUUGACCAUG